AUGCAGGGGAGAGGCAUCCGUGACCAGAGAAGGGAGAAGGGAGACCUCACCGGGUUCGCCGUUCGUUGCGCUCGCCGGCAGGAGCGGGGAACGAGUCGACGAGGAUGGCCACAGGCGACGAGGGAGUGGCCACAGGCGACGGGCGAUGGUAUCGAGCGAUGGCGACGGGGAACGACGACGGGGAAUAGCGACAUGGAGUGGAUUUUGGACGAAGGCUGCGGAGUGUAG